CAUCAGCAUCCAAAACAUAACUAAAGAGGAAGGGAAUCAAAUAUCAGGAGUACCGGAAGUCCUAUGUGCCAAGUGUUCACUUGCAAAUUUGGUGCUUUCAGAGGUAUGAUUUUAUUGUCUGGUUGAAAUAAGAUGCUGUAUCAUAAAAUGGCAUGUUUGGUUCGGGAGGAUUGUUUAACCAGCACACUGACAAGAAAGAACAAUUCACAAAAAACAUCAAAAGAAAAACGGGAAAUAUAACGAAAGCAGCUUGGAUAUGCAGAACAUGCAAAUCAGCAUCAAGAUGCACCGCUGUAUUAUAUACAGCCUCGCUCGCUUCCCCUUCAAGACUCUACCUCUUUGAGCCUGAACCUUGCACCCCUUCCGCAGAGGAAAAGGCAGGCACCCCAUCCGUUGCAGCAAGUUACUGUAAAUUUUUUGCAAGUUUGGGGGGUGGAGCAUGUGGCUUCCCUUGGGAGUUCCGCAAGGAGCCAAAACCCAAUUUUCUGGAUUCAACCAUUUUUUUUCACAGCAGUGGCAGUUUCAUGGGCGGGGAGUUUCUGCUUAGCUGUUUGUUCAACCAGUUGAACCAAGAUUUUUAACUAUUGGGAAGCUACCUAAUGCUUAUAAGUAAAUGGCUUAUCUCAUAAGCAGUUUUAGAGCUUUGGAACAAGUGCUUUUAAUUUCCUUCAGUGAGCAUUAAUUAUAUAUAUGAUUUUACAAGCCACCCAAGAGAGUUGGAGAUGGGAGAUUCUUCUAUGAGCCAACUUUAGUUUACAUGCUUGAUGGUGUUGAUUUUGCGGCUAUAGUAGCAGUAGUCAUUCCAACGUGGGAUAGAACUUUCUGGGAUGGUUGCGGGAUGUGAGUGGGCGGUUGGCCGGUUGUACAGUGAUUGUCAACUGACCAGUCGCAUCCCGCUAGUAUCCUGCAUAGGAGAAAACCUAGAAACAUUUGCAUGCUCAAGUUACUAUUUAGAACCUGACACCAUCACACACAGUGAAGUGAUGCAGCGUGUAGUUUUGAAGGUAUCAUGUGUUGUACUUUUAUGCGCAAAGGAAGUGAAUUCUAACAAAGUAUCAUAUAUCAAUAUCAUUGGCGAAGCGAAUAAACAAACAAUCUAAAAAAUAAGAACACAAGAGAUUUAAUGUGGUUUUGUGUAAAGCUUAUGUACACGGUCGAAGCACAUCGAUAAAUUUCACUAAACAAACGGAGAUAACAAAAGAGUUUAAAUUCUUACAACUCAAAUCCCACAAAUUACAAACUCUAAAUCAAACGAGUAGAGAAUAAAAAACUAACGGAGAAGAUUCUUCUAAAUUGCUCUCUAACUCACAAAUUCACAAAUUGACUCUCAUCAAAUUGCCACAUGAAUGAGCCACAUAAAAUAAACUACCCUACUGUCCUAUUUAUAAAGCAUAGGACUUAGGUUUACAGAUGAAUCCUAAUAGGAAGUAAAUCCAAAUCCUAAUGAAAUAGGUAAUUAACAAAAUCUCACCAAGCAAGGAAACCAACCAAGAAGUCAAAAUCCAAAUCCAAAUAGGACACUAAAAAAGAAAUAGGUAACACAUACCUAAUUUUGAUAACGCAAAACCCAACAAUCUCCACCUCGGCAAGAAAUUAGUGAACUUCCAAAAAAACAAACUUCAAACUAGGAUACCAAAAAUACAAACGCAAAAGUGAUCACCAUAUUCUUCAAAGAACAGAUCUCCACCUAGACUUAAAAAAAAAAAAAAAAAAAAAUCAAAAGUCUUCAAACUUGAAAUUUCCUCCAAUGCCAUCUCCAACAAAUUCUAUUACGAAACCUAACAAAUACGAACCAAAAUCCAAACAAAAGCUUGAACAAACGAACCAAAAGUGCAAAUGGCACUCCCCCAAAAAGCUUGAGUACCAAGCUCCACCUCCUCACAUAACCUUUAGAGAAGUUUAGAAAAAUAAUCUUCUACAAUGCUUGCCUCAACACUAGCAGAAGACUUAUCAAACGGCUUCUUUUUGCCCUUGAGUUUAGGGCAAUCUAUUUUCUAAUGACCCUUCUUAUGACAAUAGCUACAACUGUUUUUUUCAAGUUUGCCCUUUUCCUUAUUCCUUCCUUGAAUUACCAAAGCUCCAUCUUGUGUGUCAAACACCUUAUUCUUUAGCUCUUUAGAAUUCAAAGCAGCCUUAACAUCUUCCAAACUAAGACUUUCUCUACCGAAUAGCAUGGUAUCAACAAAGUGUUCAUAUGAAGGAGAUAGAGAACACAACAAAGUUAUUGCAUAAUCCUCAUCACUAAUUUGGUCGUCCACAAUUUCAAAUCCAUCAUAAGUUUAUUGAAUUCAUCAACAUGCUUAUGAAUUAACGUACCUUCAUCCAUUUGAAGAGUAUGCAAACUUUUCUUCAAAUUCAACCAUUUAGCAAGGGAUUUGGUCAUAUACAAGCUCUCUAAUUUGAGUCACAACUUUGGUGCAGAUUUGAUGUUACUAACUUCAUGCAAGACUUCAUUAGAUAAAGUCAACAAGAUUGCUCCAAGUGCCCACUCCAUAACGUCUUUGUUUUCCUCAUUAGUCAAUGAAUUAGCAAAGCCUUCACACCCUUCAGCAUUUUCAAAAGCUCUUGUUGAACUAACAAAGCACACAUCUUUAAUUACCAAAUACCAAAGUCAUUCCCAUCGAACUUUUCGAUAUCAACUGUCACCAACGACACAAAAGGCUUCAUAGUGACUAGCAAGCAAAGCCUAAGUUGAAACCUGAGCUCUGAUACCACUUGUUGUACUUUUAUGAGCAAACAGAAGCGAAUUCUAACAAAGUACUAAAUAUCAAAGUCGUAGGUGAAAGCGAAGAAACAAACAAUCUCAAAAAUAAGAACACAAGAUGUUUAAUGUGGUUCGGCGUAAAGCCUACGUCUACCGGCAAAGCACGGCGAGGAAUUUCACUAAACAAAUGGAGAUAACAAAAGAGUAUUUUUAAACUCUUACAACUCAAAUCCCACAAAUUAUAAACUCUAAACUAAACAAGUAGAGAACCUAAAACCUACAGAGAAGAUUCUCCUAAAUUGCUCUCUAACUCACAAGUUCACAAAUUGACUCUUACCAAAUUGCUAGUAAACUAACUCUAAUGUCCUAUUUAUAGAGCAUAGGACUUAGGUUUACAUAGGAAUCCUAAUAGGAAGUAAAUUCAAAUUCUAUUCAAAUAGGUAAUUAAGAAAUAUCUCCGCCAACUACAAAAACCAAUUAAGAAAUUAAAAUCCAAAUCCAAAUAAGACACUAAAACAAAAUUGGUAACAAAUACUUAAUUUCAAGACGUAAAACCCAACAUCGUGGCAUGGCAUAUUGGCAUGCAUUCGACACUAUUAUGGGUUGCUGAAAUUAUUUGUCGUGUGUAGAAUUAAUUUUUCAAAUGGAUUUUUUUAUUUUUUUUUAACUUUUGGGUGCACCAUCGACGUCAAAGAAUGUGACGUGUUUUGCAUUAGAAUCAGUGAAGGGGUGUGUGAACGGUGAGAAAAAAUGUGUAUAAAUAUCAUCUCUCUAUACAUAAUAGUUGCAAGAAUUAACAGAUAUGAGCAUAAUAAGUUGGUUAGACCUGCUCUAACAAAAAGGAAAAGUCUUAAGAUUUAAUUAAACCAUUUUAAAGAUGAAAAAAAAAUUAGGGGGUUUUGUAGCGCAAGAAUUUUGUUUCACAAAUAACUAAGAACUUCGAAGUUUUAUAUUUGAUUCUUCAUUUUCUGUUCCCCUAGUAUAUUAUUGCCAAAAGUUACAUAUAGCAUGGGAAAUAAAUCUUUGCCUCACUGUCUUUAAUUUUGUCACGAAAGGUGGGGUUGGGAUGCGAAGGCGUGCAGCUGCAACUAUGCUUACCAUUGAGUAGAAGAGCAUGUCUAACUAAAAGCAUAACAAAUUUCUGUUUUACUUUACUCUAUUUGCCUAUAGCAAAACAUAAAGUUUCAUACACAUAAAGACACAAAUUGCUGUUUGACUUUACCGUAAUUAAAAAUGGUAACUAGUUACAGGUAGCACAACCCACAAAACCGAACCAAACCAAAUCAAACCGUGCUAGUUCAAGUUUAACAGCAUGUAUAGGUCGCUUAUACCUUUGAAAGAACCCUAGUCACAUUAACUUUUUGCACAUUACAAUUGCAGAAUUCAAAAGGUGAUUCAGAGAGAAACUAUAAGACAGUUACUGAUAAAGUAAAAUGAUCGAAUAUAGAACACAAACAGAAAGGGAGCUGUUAGCAUGCAGGUGUGUCUAUUUUCCUCAGUCAAAUGACAUGAUUUCAUGACAAAGGAUAUUGACACAGGUGAAAGAAAAGUAAAGUGUUCUCUGUACAUCUCUUUUCUCCGGUCCCUUGCAUGUUUUUAUUUAUUUGUGACAUUUACAAUUAAAGAAACCAAAAGAGAAUCAAUAGAUAAAAAUAAACAAGGGCAUACAUAAUGAGAAAAUGGGCGUCCGGAAAUAAUUCCCAAAGUAGAAACUGUUUUGGAUUGAGAACAUUAGGGGUCAUACUCAAUAAUCACAUCCCCAACAUCUUAUUAUUUCCAUUCCAUGUUAGAGGAAUCAUGAAAGCUGACAAACAUGCAAAAAAAGAAAAGAAGGAAACCAUACUUUUUCCUCUCUUCCAAUCAAUUUUUUAUUUUUUUAUUUUUUUUUAAUUUUUUAUCACAAAAGAAAACAAAAUUCUGAAAAAGUAUAAAAAUAGUAUCUUGGAUUCAGUCUUCCAGUUCAAGUCUCUGUGUGUUUUCAGCAAUUGUGCAAAUGACAAACGUUUUCUCCACUUGGUUUACACAAUGGCUAAGCUUGUUGUUAAUUUUUGCUUACAAUUUUCAUGUAAUGGCACAAUGGCCUAGUGGAGGAUCAACCAGGUUCUAUGAUUUCAAGGUACAAACCAAAAGAGUUACUAGACUGUGCAACACCAAGGACAUCGUGACCAUCAAUGGAAUGUUCCCGGGGCCAUCUGUAUAUGCUCAAGAAGAUGACAGAAUCGUAGUCAAAGUAACCAAUGAGACACCUUACAAUACCACAAUUCACUGGCACGGCGUCAGGCAGAAGUUAUCGUGCUGGUUUGAUGGACCUUCAUACAUAACCCAGUGUCCAAUUCAAGCUGGCCGGAGUUUUACAUAUGAGUUUACAAUGGUGAAGCAGAAGGGCACCUUUUUUUGGCAUGCUCAUGUUUCAUGGCUUAGGGCAACUGUUUACGGUGCCCUUUUGGUGUACCCAAAAACUGGGGUUCCCUACCCAUUUAAAGUCCCUCAUGAAGAGCACACCUUAAUUCUAGGGGAGUAUUGGAUGCAGGAUGUUGUGGAACUUGAGCUUAACACUACAGCAAGUGGAGGGCCUCCUACACCUGCAAAUGCAUAUACAAUCAAUGGCCAACCAGGCCCCAACUACAACUGCUCCAACAAUGAUGUAUACCACAUUGAUGUGGUAUCAGGGAAGACGUACUUGCUAAGGCUAAUACAUGCAGGUUUAAACAUGGAGAACUUCUUCGCCUUAGCCAAUCACAAUCUGACAAUUGUCGAAGCGGAUGGAGAGUACACAAAACCAUUCACUACGGACCGUGUGAUGCUUGGGCCAGGCCAAACAAUGAGCGUUCUGGUCAACGCUGACCAAUCUCUAGGAAAAUAUUCCAUGGCAAUGGGACCUUACAUGUCCGCCAAGGGAGUCAAAUUCCAAAACAUUUCAUCCAUUGCUUACUUCCAGUACUUAGGUGCUGUCCCUAAUACCUUAUCUUUGCCUGCUAAACUACCCGUCUUCAAUGAUAAUCUUGCCGUUAAGACGGUUAUGGACGGAUUAAGGAGCCUGAACAAUUGUGUUAAUGUGCCAAAACAAAUUGACACUGAACUCUUUGUCACCAUUGGAUUGAAUGUUCAGAAGUGUCGAUCCAAGACACCCGAAAAAAAUUGUCGAGGCCUUAAUAACGGGGUUAUGGCAGCGUCGAUGAAUAAUAUAAGCUUCGUUAAGCCAAAAACGUCGCUUUUGGAAGCGUAUUAUAAGAAAAUUAAUGGCUCUUUCACUGAAGAUUUUCCUAGGGUACCCCUCAAGUACUAUGACUUUGUCAAUGGAGCGCCUAAUAACGUUCCUAAUAAUACACAAGCACUGAAUGGGACUAGGGCAUUGGUCCUUGAAUAUGGUACUAGAGUGCAACUCAUCAUGCAGGAUACUGGGACAGUCACUACUGAGAACCACCCAAUUCAUCUUCACGGCUACAGCUUCUAUGUUGUUGGGUAUGGGAGUGGGAAUUUCGAUUUGAAAACUGCAAACUUCAACCUGGUUGACCCGCCUUAUAUGAACACAAUCGGAGUCCCCGUCGGCGGAUGGGCUGCUUUACGUUUUGUUGCUGAUAAUCCUGGGGUUUGGUUUAUGCAUUGUCACCUUGACAUACAUCAGUCAUGGGGUUUAGGGACGGUACUUGUCGUGACUAAUGGUCAAGGAGAGCUUGAGACCCUUCCUCAUCCUCCUGCAGACUUGCCUCAGUGCUAGAGUAAAGUUUCUUUGAAUUUUAAUAAGAAACUGACACAGAAGAGGGUUUUAAUCAAUCUUUGUUUCCAAUUAAUCAAGAUAAUUCUUUGUGUGUGU